AUGAGAACAAAUAAAAAUAAUGAAGAUGGUACAUAUUGGAAAUUAUAAUAUGAAUAACUCAAAAAGUAAAAGAAGAUAUUUUACAGCAAUGAUACGAAUCAAUAAUUAGUGACUUAAUUAUAAGAUAAAUGUUUAAAAUAAGAACAAUAAAUUGAUAAGUUAAAUUAACUAAUAAAAUAAGCAACUCCAUCUAAAAUAUCAGAUCCGUCAAUUGAAGAUUAUGAAAUUAUUAAAGUGUAAUUCAAAACAUAAAUUGAUCAAAAGGACUCUAUGAUCCUUCAAUUAUAAAGAGAUAAUCUUAAUAUUUAAAAAAUUGCUUUAGAGUAGUUAAAAAAAUCAGAUUUUCAGAUUGAACAACAGAGAUGUUAAAUAACUUAACUAAAAUAAUAGAUUGAAGAAUAAAAUCAACUUAUUUCUCAUUUAUAAUAAAAAUUAUUGCAAGAAUAAUAAGAAACUAAAGAAUUCAAAGAAAAAAUCAUUAUUUGUGAAAAAAUGAAUGAAGCAUUAGAAUAAACUAUUGAUACACUUAAUCAAAAAAAUUAAACUAAUAGAGAAAAGCAAAAUAAAGAAGUUUAAUAAUGGAUGCAAAAACAUAAAAAACUAGAAUAAGAGUACAUAAUUUUAAAAACAAAAAUUGAAGAUCUCUCUAAAUCUAAUUUUGGAAAAUAUAGUAUUGAAAACCUUGAUUUAGUUUCUGUAAUUGAUAAAAUUAAUGAAAAAAUAAAUUAAUUGCAAGAUGAAUGUAAAGGAGUGAAAUAAGAAAAGUAAUAAUUGAGUUCUGAAAACACUUAACUAUCAGAAAGAUUAAAAUAAGUAGAAAUUAACUAUUAAAAAUAAUUAUAAUAAAUUUAAGAAUUAUAGACAGAAAUCAACUACUAAAAAUUAAAAGCUAAAUCUAGUUCUCCUAAUUUAGAUGAAUAAUAGUAGGAUAUUCCAUAAAUAAUUAUUUAAGCAUCAGAAGAUGACAAUUAGGAUGAUAAUUAAUUUAUUUAAGAAGAUCUUUAAUAGGAAACUUGA